AUGUUCGCCUCCCUUCCCCACCCAGUCUCCAGCCUCAUCCUCUUCUUCCUCGUCGCCUCCCCCAUGCUCUCCAUAGCAUCCCCUGUUCCCGACCUCACAGUCGCCACGCCCCCUACCCCCGUCGCCCUCGUCCCCCGGCAAAAUCAGCCAUCCACACGUCUCGGUCGGCGCGCGCCCAAAAAGGUGGCACCCCUAGAGAAGAAGGACUAUUCAUCCUUCCUCUGCCCCGCAUCAGCCGUCGCGUGCCCCGUCAGUGAACCAGAUACACCUGUAUCACCGGAAUCUAUCGCAGCGCUCAGCGAGGGAUUAAAUUCCCUCGCGGAUUGGUUCACCACUGGAUUUGAGUGUGUGGAUCUGGCGACAGAGUUGAAUCAGUGCGGCGGCUGUCUCGCGUUUGGAGAGGGGCAAGACUGCUCGACAAUACCAAACGCGCGCGCGACCGGGUGCGAGGCGUCCAGCUGCGCGGUAUACUCCUGCUAUGACGGGUACACCGUUUCUCCUGACCGUCAAACCUGCGUCAAGAAGGACACCAAUCCCGCCGCGCCCCAGGCUACCCCCGUCGCUAUAGGCACACCAACUGAGCAAGUCGUGCUUUCGGAUCGGUCAUCAUCGUUAUGA